CCAGCAUCUUUAUGAGAAAUAUCUCACGAUUCAAUUUGUUACGCGAUUUAUUUAAAAUUGCAGCAAUCAAUUCUUAAUAAGAAGAUUAUUUGAGAAUUUUCGAACAUUCUAUAAUUUAAAAUUUUGAUUGCAUUGAAAUCGCGUUGAAAAUGUGGGGUAAAAUUUUUUUUUUGAGUUUGUUUGUGAAUUUCAUUGUGUGUGACAAUCUUCUUAAAAGUGAUACAGCACCAACAGAUUUGGAAAUUUUUCACAAUGAAACGAAACAACUACUUGAGCUGUGCUUUCCUGAUAAAUUGAACCCUGCGGUAAUAACUGUUGACUUGAUUGACAUCAUGUUCGAAAUUUCAAUAAACGAGGUGGUCAACGCGUCCAUUGUAACAAUCGAUAAUGAUUUCGAGUCAAAAGUGAUGAAAUGGUACUAUACAAAUCAUCCCUCGUACGUUGUAUCAGCGGAGUCUGAUAGAAAACUAAAAGCUCUUCUACACGAAAUAAAGUCGACGAUUAUUUGGAGCGUCGAGUCAUUGGUUUUCGUUGUUGGUGAAAACUGUGGAAAGGCAAUGAAAGUACUGAGAAUGGUGUGGGACAUUGAAGCCCUUGGAUCAUUUUACGUUUGUCGAGAUCAAGUCAACAAAACUACGAUGGUGUAUGCAUUUAACCCCUACACUGAUAGAGCGCCGGAACCGUGGACUAGAGUUAAGAAAAAAACGAGUGAUAAUCGAUGGACAUUGUAUAGGCAGACAUUUAAAAACGAUUCGGAAUCGUGUCAAAGUUAUCAUUUUGACAAAACCCGAAUUCUCGACGGUUAUCCAGUAAAAGGUUAUGCACGUGCUUCAGGACUAUUAAUUAAAGAUAAUCCAUCAAAUGAAUUUAGACCUGAAGCAUUCAGUAGGCAAAUCGGAAACCCAUAUUUCGUUUUUGAAAACAUAUUUUCAAUGUUAAAUGUCACACCGGUGAUGCACUACAAUUUCUUCAAUGAAUUUUACUCACAUUCCAACGGAACUAAAAAUUUAUUUAAUAAUAAUACUUACGAUGUAUGGAUAGAUUUAAAACCACUCGAUCUACUUUAUUACGAAUAUCUCGAUAUUAUUCCUCUAUACUCGGAAGAAGGCUUCAUAAUAGUAACAAACUCGCGUUCUAUUCCGAUCCUUGACCAAAUUGUAGACAAUAUGUUCAGCUAUCAAACUAUGAUAGCGUCAAUAAUUAUUCUAAUUAGUAUUUUUAUACUUAUUUUAGUCAAUAACAAGUUUAAUUUUAUCGAAACCUUAUUCGAUAUCUUGUUGCUGGUAUUGAAUAUGGGGAUGAGAACACGCAUAGAACGUUUAUUCAUGCGUAUAACUUUUUUAUCCGCAUCUUUAUUUAUGUUGAUGUUUAAUCCGGCAUUAGAGGGUCAACUCAUGGCUUUGCUGGCAAAACCGAAUUACCGGAGCGUUAAAAAUUUGAAUGAUUUACAUUCACAUAACUAUAAAGUUUUUCUCGACAAUAGAAUCCGCGAUUUUAUAGCCGACACAGGAAUAUGGUCAAGUGAUUCUGAUAAGAAAUACUUGUAUGAACAAUUUAUGUAUGAUUGGAGUAGAUGCUACUUUGCCAUUAUAAGAGAAUAUUCAGAUCCGAUAGAUAAUCGGGAACUUGGAAUAAAUUUAACAUCAGUUACGAGAGAUUCUUUAGCUGCUUGUAUAUUUGCUUACGAGUUCCGUGAUUAUGCAAUGGACAAGGAUUUAUAUAUAUCGAAAGACUUAUUAUUCAAAUCGUACAAUGUGUUUAUGAGUCGUAAACAUUGGAGUUUGAAAAACAAAAUCGAUAAGGCAGCAAUGAAUCUUUUUGAAUCCGGUCACAUUGAUUACGUCGAACGCUUUGAGCGUUAUAGAGAAAUAACUAGAAAAAAGAAAUUACGUGCUAGAAUCGAAUCAUAUAAAAGUGGAUUCGAUCAAUUAGAGUUCGAAGAUUUUCAUAUAGUUUAUCUUUUCAUUACAUUGAGUUUAAUGUGGACAGUCACUGUUUUUAUUUUUGAAAUACUGUUCAAAAAAUUAACGGAAUCAUCUGACAGACGCUUACAAAAAUCAGAAAUUAGACGAAUUAAACUACGGCGAAAAUUAGCAUUGUUCAAUAAACAAACUGCUUUUGCUGAAACACGGGUUUAA